AUGGCUCUGAUUGUGGUGAAUAUUUUUGAGGAUUACAAAAAGUUGCCAAAUGAAUACUCAAGUGGCACAUUACUCACGCAGUUCUUUGAUCCUACGCACACAAGUUUGUGAUCCCUAUUUAUUAGGAUUGUUUGAUGACGACGGAUAAUCAUAGUUGAGAUCAAGUCAUCUAUUUCUUCUCGGCAGACGAAUUGCAAUGCGACGCUCCAUCCUCAGUCUUAUGUUCGGGAUCUUUGUUAUCUACGCUCUUCCUAUACAUGCCCAAACAUACGUCUCUUCCACCGUAUGGAUUGUGCCGGAUGGUAACACUGCGGACCUUUCUAAGACAUAUAUCGAGGGUAUAACCCUUCAGGUUACUUGGAACCCAGCCCCAGAGGGUUAUCAAUUUCAAACUCUAUCCAAUCUGUGGGUUACGACCUGGGAUUAUGAGACAACACAAUUCAGCCAGCUGCUCACCGAGAAAGUGAAUACAAAUAACAGCGGCACGUAUGACUGGACCAUCACAAUACCGACGAACGUUCUGAGUAGAGAUGCAAAAUAUGUCCUCCGAUUCAAGGAUCUCAAUUCAGUAUAUAAUUCUAGCUCCCAGGAAAUAUCAAGUACCGGAUUCUUAGUCAUUAAUGGAGCCUCUUCAUCAACUUCGACAGCAUCUCCUACUCCAAUACGCUCGACCCAGACAUCUUCGUCGGCCUCUAGCACAGCUACCACCAGCGCUUCGGCGACACAAUCAGUAAUCUCGACUACAUCAGCGACACCAGCAUCCAUAUCCACCUCUGAGGGCAGUGGUCUGAGUGGAGGCGCAAAAGCCGGUAUUGCCGUGGGUGCUGUGGUUGUAGCUUUCUCGAUUACUGGGCUGGCAUUUCUUUUUUCCAGGCGGCAACGCCAUGCUAAACGUCCCUCUGCGGAGCCUUCAACAGAGCCCCCAUUGUACUAUGACCCGCCGAAGCAACCCUUCAUUGGAAACACGAGUAACGUGAUAGCUGAGAUUGGGGAUCGUGAGAGAGCCGAAUUGCAGGGCAGCUAGGACUGUUUGUCGGAGACGUAGCGGGAGGUGAACUUUUCUUGCUAGGUGGCUCAUGAGCUCAAUGAACCGAAUCAGCCAUCUUCUAACAAGAUGACGGAAGCAGUAAAACGUGAAAUCAUCUUUACUCCGAAUGAUUGGCAGGCCUCUUCUUGCUUGCCUGGCUGCACCAAACUCAAUAUGUAAUAGAAACUAUUAAUCAAAGACAUAAACAUCUUCUAUUCUCGUGUGUCCACGGACAGAUAACUUUUUAUCGCAUUCACUGAUAGAAUAUAUCAGACCAAUACUUUACAUCAGUUCCGAAUAGUCGAUAUUUCAAGAAGCUAAAAUAAACAAGUCGUAUACAGCUGCGGAGAAAGUAAUUUAGAGACCAUAGUGUAUGAAAAUUAGUGUCGGGAUAUUAAUCAU